AUUCAACGAACUCGGACCGAGCUUCGACCGGCUUCGAAGCUGAGUUACAGCACCUCUAUAUAUUUGGAUUAUCCGUUACCGAAAGCCAGUGCGACCUGUAUCCAGCGGAUUGGUCCGUGCCCAGUGACUACGAUGUGGUGCAGUGGAGUUGAAGUUCAAUAAGGCACAAGUAAAUGGCAUUUCGAAUUGGCCCACUCGGGUGUGCUUGUGUUCGUUCGGCAUUUGCUAAUUACCGCGAAUAUCUCUGCAGUGAAAGUAUCUCAUAGAUGCAGCUCGAAUCCGACUCUGUGCGUUCGCAGCGGAUAGCCAACAUUUUUCCGAUACAACAAUUGCAUUUCAUUGGGCAAUUUAUCAGCCGAAACGGCGAACAAAAAACAAAAUACGAAAAACUAGUUGAAACAAAAAAAAAACAACCGAAAAGCGAUCAUAUAUCAAACUACUAAUAACUAUUUUGCAAUACCUUUUCCUCGUAAAUGGCCAGUGGUUACGGGAGCCUGUGCCUUAAUCCAAUAAUGCUAAGAGUUUGUCGGUUUUUGGUUUUUGCUUGCAGCUAAUUAAUGAGCCGGCUCCAGUGCGAUGAUUAUUGAAUGUUGGCCCCAACACAGCACGCCAUGCAACACCUCGCGAUCGACAACAAACAACCGCCUUCGCCGAGCAUCUUUCUUCCCUAUGCAAAGUGUGUGUAAUUCGCUAAUUAUGCUGGAAAUUAACGUGCAUUGCGCCUAAACGGAUUGCAUUCACCGCUAAUUGCCCACAAAUUACGCGCUCCUUCGCCUCCCAAAAAACAAAACAAAAACUAAACACAGAAAGAAAACUGAUACUCUGUUAGUGAAACAGUGAGUUGCAAACCGCGAUCAGCGAACAGCCGCGGCAUUUCGCGAGUGCUUAGCACGUCCAGCCCCCCAGGAGGAGGAGGAGGAGAAGGAGGAUGGUCACCUGCAAGGUGGACUCCCAGACCGCGGUGGCUGUUCCCAAGAUGAAUGCGGCCCGGACCCGUGGAAAGUCCGCCGCUGCCGGCAGCAACAGCAACAGCAACUCUUCCGGCUUUCGGCUCCUGGACGGCGACCAGCUCGAAAACAAUUCGAGUGUCAGCCGAAACUCGAUUUACAAACUGAAGAUCGAUCUGAUGUUUGACGAUUCCAGAUCCAUGCGAAGCAGCCGCCUCGACGAUCCCCGGGGAUCGCAUCGCACCCGCUCCAUCAUCAUGUAUGGGCGCAGUGAGUUGGCCAGCACCUCGGGCGACACGCCCCGCUCCCUGAGCAGCUUCCUGCAGGACAACGGGCAGUCGGCCAAGGUGCUGGCCGAGGCGGCCAAGAAGGACGUGCAGCGGAUCAGCAACAGCGUGCAGGCGCAGAUCGAGCAGCUGUUCACGGACGUGGCCAAGGACGCGACCAGCAGCUUCGAUGUCACCUGCCUGGGAUCGCUGCCGCUGAAGGACAAGGUGACCAGUCUGCAGGGCCUGCAGGAGCCACUGCGGCAGCUGUACCUCAGCGAGGUGACCAAGAAGAAGCUCAACUCUGGGUCGCUGGAUAUCUGUGCCACUGGUCUAAGGGUAAAGAUCAGCGCUUUGGCCAUCUCCAAUGGAGCUGCUCUUCCGGAGGAGAGCGAGGCCCUCAUCACGCCCUUCCAUAACAUCGCCGUUUGGUCGGCGGUGAAGUUCGUUAUUUCCGAGGACGAUGGUGGCGCAGCCUUUUUGCCCCUUAUCACCGAUCCAGAAAACAUUGACAAGACUGCCCUUUUCCAGCCGCUGAGCUCCAGCGAACAGAUGGCUGUGGAGCACAGCAUCCAUGUGCACGCACCCAUUUUCGCGGUGGUGAUGCGCUCGGCCAGCUCGCCCAAGGUGCUCGAGUGCCAUGGAUUCAUUUGCAAGAGCACCGAGGACGCCAUCGUCAUUGCGGCGACUCUCUACCAGAGUCUGAUGGCCCACGUGAGCACCAGCUCACGGAGGAACACCCCACGGAGGGCUCCUCGCCAGCAAAAUGGAGUUAGCUGCAUCAGCAUCGCCAGCAGUUCGGCGUUGGCCAGUUCGAACUACCUGUCCCGCUCGCAGAUUAUUCCCAGUGCCUGUGGGCGGCGCAGCUCCUUCCGGGGAAGCACUGGAUGUAGUGGUGCUCCCUCCAGAUCUGGCAGGAAGAAGCGAGUGUCCAAUAGCUCCUUGAGCUCCCACAGCAAUGUCAUAAACGAGACUGCCGAACUGGAAACCUCGACGGAGGAGCGCAGGCGCAAGUCGCACAAGUCCAAGAGGGCUCCUCCGGUUCCCACCACGGUUCCCGGAUCGGGUGGCCACAGAAGCCACUGCGGAGCAGGAGGUCCUCCAUCCCGGAGUGGCAGCAUAGUGUGCGGCAAUGGUCACGUGACCCGUUUGCACCAGAGCGGGCAUCCCGGCAAGAAGUCUUCGGCGGGAUCGGAGCUGUCGGCCACAGUGGAUGUGGCUCCCGCCAACGGGGACAUCCUCACCCGGGUGGCCAUUCCCAGGAGCGGCAGCUUCCUCAACACCGGAGGACUGACCCGCUACAAAUCGCGGGCGGCGAGACGCCAUUCCGGGAAACUGGGCGGCGGAGGCGGCGGCGGAGGAGGCGAACUGUUUAACGAAUUUCGCCUGCACGAGAACCUGCACUCUCUGGACGACAUUCUGUACGCCAUCAUCGAUGCCGACGGCAUGUCCUUCAACGACCUGAAGCCCAUCUACAAGGAGUUUCUGCUCAAGCUGGCCGUCACGCUCACCCAGGACGAGCUCUUCCAGCGCUCCAAGAACAUCAUGCGGCGCCAGAAGAAGAAGAAGCAGAAGCGCAAGGCGAGUGUUAAUGGAUCGCAGAAGAAACCGAAGAGCAGUUUUUUUGGGACCAAAGGCCUGAAGAAGGUCUUUCAGUUGGGUCAGUUCCGCUCGUGCCGAGGCAAACUGACUAAGCCGGCGGUGAAAUCUAAGGAGGCCACGCUGGACAGCCAGGGCAAGCGGAAGAUCAGUCCGCCCAUCAUCAUCGGUCCGCCCAUUCUCCACAGCCACGCCCAACAGCAGCACCAGCGGAAUAGGGCGGCCACCAGUGGUUCCGAUGUGUCGGUGGUGCGGAAUGAACACACCCAGGGACUCAAUCGAAACAGCAGCAGUGGAUACGUGUCCUGCUCGGAGUGCAGCUACGACUCGGAGUCCUGCGCCUGCGCCUCGGCCGAUCGGUGCUACUGCAGCCUGCGCACGGAGCACCUGAACCACAAGCUGCGCCAGAAGAACGAGCGCAACAUGGCCAUGGCCACGCCCACCAGGAAACCCUCAAGCGGGGGAGUCCUCUCUCAAAAUGUGGCUGGAACAGGCGCCGCCAACCGCCACUCGCUGAUCUCUUGCCGCUCCGACGACAAGUGCUACUGCUCCAUGGUGGAGGAGGAGCCGGCCAGCUCGAUGGAGCGGGACUCGGCCAACAACUCGCACACGGAGACCACCACCUCCUGCGACUCGGACAGCUGUGUGAGUGCCAGCAAGUGCUACUGCAAGCGGAACCAUCGCCGCCAGAGAUCCUCGACGGCGGCGCCCCUCAGCGAGGAUUCACUGUCGCAGCAGCAGCGCAAAUCCCGGCCAGGAAACGCUGGAGCGGCACGCAAGGGAAAGCCGGCGGAUAAGUUGGGACUGGACUACGAGCUCUUCAGCAUCAGCGGAAGUGGACAGCCGGUGCAACCCCAUGAGGCACUGAGUGUGAAGAAGAGCGUGGAGGCAGCAGCCGUAUUUGCGGACAUGAAACUCAGCCAGACGACGGACAUCAAGAGCCUGUGCCCUCCGAAGGGACCCGGAUCACGGGUGGGCAACGGCAGCUGCCGGUCGUACGCCUCCUCGAGGAGGUCCUCGUACCGCACGCGGGAGUCCUUCAGCACGGAUCGAUUGGGCGGAGGAGUGCCAAUGCCCAUGCCGCUGGCCAAGAGCAUGGGUAGUGCGGACAACCUGCUGGCCAAUCUGAAGGCCAUGGAGGCUAAGGCCGCCUCCGUUCGCAGCAGCGCCAGCAGGAGUCGCAUGGGCAGUUAUCAGUCGAUGCGGGCGGUCAGUGCCUCCUUGGAGGACUCGCUGGGUUACUUGCCAUAGACCAGGAUGUGGAAUCCAUCACCUUUAGCAGGCCUAGUUACGAUGUACAUAGCACAUAAGCUUAGAAUUAAUGGAUAUCCUUACAUACUCAUAUACCAAUAAUCUACUAUAUAUUACGGCUUAUGUUUCCCAAGGCAAUUGUUACGUUUUUCAUUAGAGUCGAUUAAUUGUCUUGCGAAACGUAAUCAUGUUUAGCUUAAGUACCUCCUAUAGAGUUUUCAGUGUGACUAUCCUUAAGAUCUUAUCCGUAGAAAUCAAGGUGCAAUAUGUAGACCAACAACUUGGGAAAAAGAAUUCCCAUUUAUUUAAUGCAGUGCAAUAUUUAUAACAACUACUACAAAUAAAAACUAUUUUUUAUACCUA